AUGGGAGAAGCAUGCAAUGAAUGCUGGAGUUGGGAAGAGGAAAUAUUGAGCCAUUUCAAAUGUAUUCAUUUCAUUCAAUAUCUGCAUGCUGGUUUUGAUCAGCAGCUUAUGGAAUUGCUGACCAUCCCUGAAAAGGUUUCUAGAAAUCUGAAAAAGAAGCUACUAGAAACCGUAUCUCUGCAGUACAUGGAGUGUAGAAGUUACAGCAAUGAUAAUGCCUUGUACUUUAGUCAUGCUUGGCCAGAAUUUGUCAGAAUUUAUCUUCUAAAAGAGAAUGAUAUGGUGAUCAUUAAGUACAAUGGAGAUUCACGUUUUGAUGUUCUAAUGUUUGAUGGACAAAGCCAAUGUGAGAAGGCAGCUUCUUAUUUUGUAAGAAAAUGUGGGUAUACAGACAAUAUUAGGGGAUGCCAAACCAAGAGAAAGCGUGGAGCAAAUUCCCUGGAAGUAAUUCCUACCUCCUCACACAGUGAUGUUGAAGGUACUCCACUAAAGAAAACAACUAAUGAUGACAUUAACAAAACACCAGUGGAACAACCAAUUGUCUCACUAGCUUCUAGCUAAGGGAUUAGGAGGGGAAAUAGUUCUAUUAAGCCUGUUCAUACCAGGCGAAGUUUAAGAAGCAAGGCACUAUUAACCAAUUAUGCUAUGAAACUAAUAGGCAAACAUGGUACUCCUGUUCACCUCUUCUUCUUUUUCUUCUUCACAGCACAUAUAAUGUUUUCAUAAUCAUCAUUGAACGAAUCUCAUCAUACACUUUCUGAAGUUAUUCUAAUUUGCUGUAAAAUGAUGUUCAACUACUGUGUGAAUGUAGACCAUUUUAUUAUUGAAUGUUUUGACUUGAGGAAACAUUAUUAUCUGGCUGGUUUAUUUGCUUGAUUAUUUAUUUUAU